AGUAAUUCCCAUGAUGUACCCAGCGUCCUACCUGUUCAAUGUCCCUAGCACUGCCUACGUUGCAUUAUCUUGUCUUAAUCUCUUCAUUGGUAUCAACAGCAGUGCCAUUACAUUUAUCUUGGAGUUGUUCGAAAAUAACCCAUCUUUGCAGAAAUUCAAUAAUACAUUGAAAAAUACGCUGAUAAUCUUUCCACAUUUCUGCCUGGGCCGUGGACUCAUUGACCUAGCCAUGAACCAAGCAGUGACAGAUGUCUACGCCAGGUUUGGUGAGAAGCAUGUCUUGAAUCCAUUCCAGUGGGAUUUUGUUGGAAAGAACCUGGUUGCCAUGGCAGUUGAAGGAGUUGUAUACUUUGUUCUGAAUCUCCUUAUGCAGCAUCAUCUGAUCCCCACAAGAUGGUUUUCUGAGCCUGCUAAAUUGCCUGUUAGUGAUGAAGAUGAGGAUGUUGCAGAAGAAAGACAAAGAAUUAUGAAUGGAGGAAACAAAACAGAUAUAUUAACAUUACAAGAACUGACCAAGAUUUAUGCAGGUAGACGCAGUCCAGCAGUAGACAGACUCUGUGUUGGCGUUCGUCCAGGAGAGUGCUUUGGUCUCCUGGGAGUAAAUGGAGCUGGCAAGACGACAACCUUCAAAAUGCUGACUGGGGAUACUGACGUGACAUCUGGAGAUGCUGUAGUGGCUGGCAAUAGUAUAUUGACCCAUAUCUCUAAUGUCCAUCAAAACAUGGGCUACUGUCCACAGUUUGAUGCUAUUGAUGACCUCCUCACAGGCCGGGAACACCUCCAUCUCUAUGCACGCCUGCGAGGGGUCCCUGCUGAGGAAAUCGAGAGGGUUGCUGACUGGGGGAUUCAGAAGCUGGAUCUCCAGAUGUAUGCAGACCAGCUGGCAGGCACAUACAGUGGUGGUAACAAGCGUAAACUCUCCACUGCCAUUUCCCUGAUAGGCUGCCCUCCUCUUGUCCUGCUAGAUGAACCCACCACAGGGAUGGACCCUCAGUCCCGACGCUUCUUAUGGAACUCUAUUGUCAGUGUGAUCCGAGAAGGGCGAGCUGUAGUUCUGACCUCACACAGCAUGGAAGAAUGUGAAGCUCUCUGCACUCGUCUAGCCAUAAUGGUGAAGGGGACCUUCAAAUGCCUGGGCACUAUUCAACAUCUAAAAUACAAAUUUGGAGACGGAUAUAUUGUCACCAUGAAAAUUAAAGCACCUAAACCUGGGCUGUGUCCAGAUCCAAGCCCAGCUGAGCGUUUCAUACAAGUCAACUUCCCAGGCAGUUUACAAAGAGAGAAACACUAUAACAUGCUGCAGUACCAGAUUUGCUCCUCCUCACUGGCCAGGAUAUUUCAGUUACUUAUCUCCAACAAAGAAAACCUGAAUAUCGAAGAAUAUUCAGUCUCACAAACAACUUUGGAUCAGGUAUUUGUGAACUUUGCUAAGCAACAGAUGGAGGAUGAGGAAAUUCCUUUACACCCUCGUGCAGCUGGAGCCAGUCGGGAGGUGAAGGUGUCCCCAGCUUUUCCUCAAUAGGCAGCUGCAUAGAACUCCCCUGCAGCUGUUAACACUGAGAGUGUGUUAGCUCACAGGUGUGCCAUAUCACAGCUGUAUGGGGAGUGAAGAAACUGCUCAGGGCAGUAUUCAAAUAAAGCUUUGUACCUUUCCGAGUAC